GUGUCGCCCCAGGCCGUGGAUAAGGACUUCACGCCCAACAUUGAGGCGUCGUGCAAGGCGGGCUACAUGGUCAUCAAUGUUUACCUGAAGAACAUGGAGUACAGAGGCGCCGUCCACUCCCGAGAUUAUAGGAAGGAGGAGUGCAUGGUUGUGGGGGACGGGACCGACCAUGUCACCCUCCGCCUUCCCCUCAUCACCGACCCCGACGAUGACUCCUACUGCGGCGUGAGGGUCAACAAGACCAGCAAGGAGAAGUACGUCCCGAUCGCUGUCCGCAUCCACGAGACGCUGGAGUUGGCGGACGACAAGUUCUACGUCAUCAAGUGCGGACUGUCAGGCUUCUUCAACGCCAGGAACGAGUCCAGCUUCGUCACCCUGCAGCUCCUGGACAACGAGGGCCGCAGGGUGAAGGAGGCCGUGUUUGAUCGACGUUACACCCUUAGAGCGGACAUCUCACAGCCCGACAACGCUCACAGCAUGCGGGUCAAGAACUGCUUCAGCUUCGGGGAGCCAAACUACACAGUGCCGCUCACCGACGACCGCGGGUGUCCGGCCGGCAGUCUGAUCAGCCCCUUCGUGUACAAUGAGACUGCGGGCACUGCCGAAGCCGUGCUGAGCCGAAUGUUCCGCUUCCCCACCACCAACAGGGUCCACUUCCAAUGCGACGUGCUUAUCUGCAAAGGCCCGUGCGAUGCAGAGCGAUGUGCGGGCAGCCCAGAGCGCUUGACGGUGGUGCAGGGCCGCGCUCUCCCCGCCGAUACCAACGCCGUGGAGGAGAAGAGCGGCCGAGUGCAGGCGACCACGACGGUGUAUGUGGUGGAGCCUACGACCUUGGGCCUGACGGAGUGUGAGUGGUACCCGCCGUGGCUGUGGAUCCUGUGCAUCGUGUUGGCCGUGCUCUUCGUUAUCAUGAUGAUCAUUAAUAUCUUCCUCUGCUCCGCCAUGACCUGCUCCUGCACCAAGAGCGAGGUCAUCGAGAAGGAGCCGUCCAUUAUCGAGGAGUAUGACCCCUACCGCUCCUGGCACGGCUCGCAGUACGGGUCAAGGUACUCCCUCAACGGCAAGGGCUACACAUCCGGCGCCUCAACACUCAACUCCGCCCGCUCCGUCUCGUCCCACUCCGACCACUACGUAGCCGUCCACUCCCGCCCCAACUCCCGCUACUCCGGCCACCACUCCCUCAAGCACGAGCGGCCCCACCACCACCACCACUCCCGCGGGCCCCCCUCCACCACGGGCAGCCACUACUCCGGGAAAUACUAAUGGAGCUGACUGGUUGUGGGAGUGAUGUGGAGUAAAUGGAGAGAAAGAGAGAGAGAUACAAAGAGAAACAGAGAGAGGGAGAGAGAGAACAGUUUUUUUUUAUACUCCUAUCAAGAGUGAAUGUAAAAUGAGAGAUUUUUCGUUAGUGUGUAAAGAAAGAGGAAUUAACAAAGAAUGAUUGAAAAUAAAGCGAACAUGUGGAUGGAAGAAAGAAGAAAGAGAGUGGAGAGUUUAAAAGAAGUGGAUUUUUAUACAGCAUGAACGAAAAUAAAAAUGGAAAACGAGAGUGUAUUUAUAGAUAUAGAAUGAUAUCGGAAUUAUGAGAGAAAAAAAUAUGGAAUAAAACUUGAAAAUAAUGAAGAAUUACCACAAAACUCAUAUAUACAUACUAAAGAAGAGAAAUUAAGGGAGACGUCCAAAGAAGAAAUGAGUAAAAAAAAAAGAAGAGACAAUAGUUGAUGGAAAAAGUAGAAGAAAUAAAGAAAAGGAGAGGAAAGAGAGGCAAAGAAAGAGAGAUAAAGAGAAGUAAAACGAUGGAGCUGUAUCUCUCUUCUCUAUCUCUCACAGCAAAUUACUCCAUUUACUCCAUUCACUCCACCGUCUCCUCCUCCUCCUCCUCCUCCUCCUCCUCCUCCAUCUCUCCUCCAGCUUCUCCUCCUCCGAUUCGUCCGUUCUUCUCCGCCUCCGUCUUCGCCAAAUGAUAUAGGUUCGUUUUUUCGUAUUAUUUUCGUUCGUAGAAAGUUUUUGAGUUGUUUGUUUAUCUCCGUUUUGUAUUGUAGAAAAUGGAAGUUAGUUUUUUUGUGUGUUGGUUUGUGUCGUAGAAAAUGGGGUAAACUUGUGUAAUUUGUAACGGGAAAGUUUGAAAAGUAAUCAUUUGUCGCUGUCGGUAUUGCAGAGAGCGUGUUGUCUGUACGUAUCUUAACCGGUGUGUCUGUGUGUGUGUCUGUAUGUGUGUCCCCUUAUGUACAUGUGUAGGUUCUCUAUGUGUGUAUGUGUACGUAUUUUGGGUCUAGCGUGUACGUGUGUAUUAACAAAGUGGUCGUAGAAAACGUUCUGUAGCAGUUGUCUAACCCAUUUGACCGUAGCAGUUCUCAGGCAAUCAGCAGGAAUGAGGAAACAGGCAAGUCACCCGAUGAAAUUGAGGGAAAGAAAAUGUGAAACGAGAAGAAAACGGUGAGUAGUAUUUAUCAUUAUUAUCGUUACCAUCGUUAUUAUUAUUAUCAUUAUUAUUUACUAUAUGCGAGACUCAAUUAGUAAUACGGAUAGUUAAAUAUGGGAAGGAGAUACUGUAGAGUUUUACAGAAGUCGGUCGAAUCGAUGCAAACAAACGAAGUGAAAGAAGAAGAAACAGAGUGAAAAAUAAAAGAAUAAAAAGUGAAUGAAUAUGUAAACAGAUGGGCAAGAGAAUAUAUUGUUGACACUUAACAUACUGAAGAGCAAAUGGCUGCUUCAAAGGACAACAGGAUAAAUUUACAACUCACCCAUUAACUAAACUUGAAAAACUAAUAGAAAAUGUUUAGGCCUAGCUCCUCUGCCUUCAACAACUGGACACACAAAAAAUUAAACCGAAGUGUAUAGUUUGGGAGUUGAACAAAAACGUAAAGCGUGAGGCCUAGUUUCGAAAAGAAGUAAGAAAAAGGAGAGACAGGAGGGCGCCCCACAUUUUUUCGCUCACAUUGUUAUUCGUGCGAGCAUUCCACAAUUCCCCGGAGUUUGAAUGAGGAAGAAAAAAAAGGGACGAAGAGGAAAAAAGACGAGCAUUAAAAAGAGAAAGGCGAACUGGAAACUGUUACAUCGACUGGAGGAAAAUGUUAAAUGAGAGAGAGAUAGAGAGAGAGGGGGAGAGAGAGAGAGAGAGAGAAUAAUAGGCAACCCAGAAACAGUUUUUGCACCUCAAUUUCUUUUUCGUUUCCCGGGCACGAUGGAAUAGAGAGUGGGAAGCGCACGCGAUGCAGAAAAAAAUGAGGAAGGCAAAUAAGGAAAAAAAGAAAGAUAUGUGUUGUGAGCUGCCUUUCCCUUUUUUCUUUCCCUGCGAGAUGAGCGACUGUGAUAAUUUCUGAAUGUGUAUUGGAUGCUGGAGUUUUGAUUUGCUUUUUUUCACUUAAAGGUUAAUUAGAACGUUUUUUAAUUAAAGUGUAUAUGAGGAGUAACGAAGAGAGUGUUUUGAGGAAGUGUAACAUUGAAUGGAUGCUACACGAUAUGGAGUUUGAGAUUUUAAAAGGAUUAUUGGAUGCCCGUGAUUAAGUAUUUCGGGAUUAAUUAAACGUUUCUAGGUCAAUAGGAAGAGUAAUUUAGAGUUUACUGAUGAACUGAAAUGAUUGGAUGAUUCGGAAUAUUGAAGAAUUGAAGCGUUGAAUGGAUGCUGAACGAUAUAGAGUUUGAGAUGUUGAAGGGAUUAUUGGAUGCCCUUGAGUAAGCUUUUCUUGAUUAUUUAAACAUUUCUAGGUUUAUACGAAGAGUAAUUUAGAGUUUACUGAUGAACUGAAAUGAUUGGAUGAUUCGGAAUAUUGCAGAAUUGAAGCGUUGAAUGGAUGUUACACGAUAUGGAGUUUAAGAUGUUGAAGGGAUGAUUAAGUAUUUGAAGAUGAAUUAAACGUUUCCAGGUAAAUACGAAAAAUAAUUUAGAGUUAACUGAUAAAAUGAUUGGGUGAUUCGUAAUAUAAGUGUAAAGGAUGGACAUAUUUUUUUAGAUAUUUAUUUGAAAGCAUGAUAACCGUGAUCUCUUGAAGUUAAAUUGGUAGCAAGGAUAGCGUUCAGAGAUUAAUAAUUAUAGUGAUGUGCUUGUUAAUUACAGAAACGAUAAAGAAAAGAUAUGUAAAUUUCGCAAAACAAUUCUUCAGUCGGUGCGUAUAAGUGAGUUUGAUAUGAUAAGAGUAAAUGAUUAUAGUGAUGUGCUUGUUAAUUACAGAAACGAUAAAGAAAAGAUAUGUUAAUUUCGCAAAACAAUUCUUCAGUCGGUGCGUAUAAGUGAGUUUGAUAUGACAAGUGCAGCAAAAAUGAUAGUAACCUGGAUAGCGUUCUUAUGUAAAUGAUAAUAGUGAUGUGCUUGUCAAUUAGAGAUACGAUAAGGAAAAUAUAAGCAAAUUUCGCAAAACAAUUUCUUCAGUCGGUACGUAUAAUUGAGUUUCAUACGUCAAGGGUAGCAAAAAGGCUUUCACAAUUAUUAGUUUUUUCACAUGAUACAAGGUCAAAAAGGAUGAUUGGAGAGACAAGUACUAAAAAAGAGCCGUAAAAAUGUUCCGACGUCGCUUCAUGAAUAAUUCUUUAGAGUACAAUCUCGGGCGGAACACGUGUUAAAGUAGAAGUCAGAGUAACGUAGAGCGAGAAAAGUGUAACGGAGCUGGAACAUUUAAUUAUAGAAACGUGACGAGAAAAAAUGGUUAGUACGUUAUGCAUAGUUGAUGAUGUCUUGGGAACAUGACUAUACACUUCAUUAGGUAUUGCAGACGUAACAGAACUUACUCAGACAUUCCUAAACUAAACUUCGAAACUAAAGAUACAAAACGAAAAUAAUUAAGAGCAGUUUUAAGAGCUUUGAUACUUUUUAAUAUAAAUUCACGGAUACUAAUUUGAAACAUAACCAUUAGUGCUACAUAGAAAAAGUGGUAUAUAUAACUCAAACAUUCGUGCUCGUAAGACUAGAGAUAUGAAAGUAAAUUAAGUAAGUUACACGCUUUUAAAAGAGUUGUGAAUCUUUUGAUACAAGUUCGCGGAUACUAAUUAAAGCAUAACCAUUA